AUGCUGCCGGACGGCGAUGCCUUGCUUUGGCGGUCCAGUCUUGUCCUGGCUUCAGGGCGGAGUGAUGACAGCAGCGCACAUUUCCCCACACACACCCGACACCCACAGGCGAGCCUGAUCCAGGAACAGGUCGGGACUGGAGCCGUGGUCAUCGUGGACGUUGGAACCGUACCCGCAACCGAGCCAUCGCAACGGCAACGGGCAGCGGGCGAGCAACCGGCCGGGGCGGAAGACAACAGCCAGGAGUCCACUCAGGACAGCACACGACCAUCAGACAGGGUGCAAAUUGAAAUGUCGGGCCCAAACAGAGUCAAGCGCAUAGUACCAGAGGGCUGA